UAUUCGGUUUAUUAGGACCGCUUUAAACCGCGCAAUCAAUAAACGCAAAAUCAAGCGGUGUCGAUUUGGUCGCGGUUUCCGGCGGCGUCACAAAACCUAAUAAAAGGUCUGACUUUCGCGGUGCUCCUAAGCCGUUACAGUUCGCGGUUUCUCGCACCGUGAAAAACCGCGGUUUUCAUCCCAAAAUUUUUUCGUGGGUUAUCAAUAAUUACGUUUGUUGCGGGUCUAGCAAAUAGUAUUUGUUCAAUUUUAACAUUUCAAAAUGCAAAUUUAAAAAAAAAUGGAUGUGGUUUGUAUCUUCUGGCAUCAUCGAUUACUUCUCUUUUGACAAUUACUAUGUUUACAACCAAAUUUUGGUUUGUUGUUGUCACGAGCAUGCUUAUACCUAUUCGUGACUCUAUUCUUGAAGGUGGUUGUAAGUCAAUUGAAACUCUUCUCAACCUUUUCUUUUAUUGGGAUGCCUGGCUGAAUGCAUGUGUAGCAAUUGAGCGUGCAGUGAAUGCUUACAAAGGAAUAAGUUUUAAUCAAAAGAAAAGUAAACGAUUUGCUCGAUGGAUCAUAUUCAUUCUACCUAUUCUGAUUAUGGCCACGAUUAUUCAUGAACCGCUAUACCGAAAAUCAUUCAAACAUGGAUUAAUACGAGAGGUGACGUCGUCUGAAGACUUGGAUGCGAAAAAAUCUGUAAUAGGGGAUAUUUGGUGUUUAGCUGAUUAUUCUCCAGCAGUUCAAGAUUAUAGCACAACUAUUUUAUUUAUUCAUCUUCUGGGUCCAUUUAUUGCAAAUCUUUUUUCUGCUUUAUUUAUCAUCAUUAGUAGUGCUCGACGACGAGCAGGCGUUCAAACACAACAAACAUAUAGACAACAUAUUCGUGAACAAUGGCAAGAACAUAAACAGCUUGUCAUUAGUCCUAUAAUUCUACUACUUUUAUCGACACCACGUCUGGUCAUUUCUUUAAUAUAUGGAUGUGUAGAUGUAUCCCGAUCUGUCUGGUUGUACCUUUCUGCUUAUUUUAUUUCGUUUGUACCAUCAGUACUCAUGUUUGUUAUCUUUGUCCUUCCCUCCAGUUCCUAUCGAACAACUUUCAAGGAAACAAUCUCUCGAAUUUGUCAUAGGCGAGCCUCAUAG